UAUGGACAUAAUUAAACAGUUAUCGAAUUUGAAAAUUACCAUGGCACACUUUCAGAGAUUUCAACUGGGCUUUUGAUGCAUCUGUUCAGCUGCAAAAAUGGAAUGAUCAAAACGGGUCAAAUUUUAUGUAUUAUACAUUUGUGUGGUGACAUAUACAUGUCUAUAAACAAAGUAAUACGUCUAUAAGCAUAUUCUAUAGAAUGAGAACCUACUAUGUGAGACGUUACUGCCAAGUAAUACUCCCUCCAAAUUCUUGUUGCAGAACUACCAACAAACAAGCUUUCGAUUUUUCCACCUUAGCAGUGGAUUCUCCACUACUUUGCUCAGAAAACCCAUCUGUUCCAACCCUGAAACGCCGAGACCAAAGGGAUGAAUUUGCCGAUCUCUUGCACUUGCCUGCAUCAAGCAACCCCAUUUUGUACUACAAAACAAUUCAUGGACAGAUUGUUGUGUCAGGCUUCCAAUCCGAUACUUUUCUUACCAACAAUCUCAUUCAGGUGUACUCAAAAUAUGAUUGUUUACGAAAUGCUCGUGUACUGUUUGAUAAAAUGUCUGAACGGAAUCUAAUAACUUGGUCUUCAGUGAUUUCUAUGUAUGCCAAACAUGGUUUCAGUGAAGAAGCCUUAAUGAUCUAUUUGGAGUUCCAAAGAAGCUCUGGUGAGAAGCCAAACGAGUAUCUAUUAGCUAGUGUUAUCCGUGCUUGUACCCAAUUGGGUGGUCUUGAGAGAGGAACCCAAUUGCAUGGUUUUGUUCUUAAGACUGGUUUUGAUCAAGAUGUCUAUGUGGGUACCUCUUUGGUUGACUUUUACUCAAAAAAUGACAACAUGCAGGAAGCAAGAUGGAUUUUUGAUGACUUAUCGGUGAAGAGUGCGGUUACUUGGACUACGAUUAUAACAGGAUAUGCCAGAGGUGGAAGGAGUGAAGUCUCAUUGCAGUUGUUCUAUCAAAUGAGGGAAACAGAUGUUGUUCCUGAUAGAUAUGUACUCUCUAGUGUUUUGAGUGCAUGUUCAAUACUUGGAUUCCUUGAAGGGGGAAAGCAAAUUCAUGCUUAUGUUUUGAGAAGGGGAACACAAAUGGACGUUUCAGUGAGUAAUGUGCUAAUAGAUUUGUAUGUGAAGUGUGGUAGAGUGAAAACAGGACGAAAACUAUUUGAUCAGAUGGUGGUCAAGAAUGUUAUUUCAUGGACAUCAAUGAUUUCUGGGUACAUGCAGAAUUCAUUUGAUUGGGAGGCCAUGAAGCUGUUUGCAGAUAUGAGCAGAUUGGGUUGGCAGCCAGAUGUCUUUGCUUGCACUAGCGUUCUCACUUCAUGUGGUUCGGUUGAGGCUCUGGAACAGGGUAGACAAGUGCAUGCAUACACUAUCAAGGCUAAUAUUGAAUUAGAUGAGUUUGUGAAAAAUGGUUUGAUUGAUAUGUACUCCAAAUGUGAUUCCUUGACUGAUGCAAGAAGAGCUUUUGAUGUUAAGAUCAAUCACAAUGUGAUAUCUUACAAUGCAAUGAUUGAAGGAUACUCAAGAGAGGAAAAGCUGUAUGAAGCUGUGGAUCUUUUCCAUGAAAUGAGGGUUAAUUUGUUCACACCAAGCCUUUUGACAUUUGUUAGCCUUCUUGGUGUGUCAGCUUCACUAUUUACCCUGAAAUUGAGCAAGCAAAUUCACGGUCUCAUCAUAAAAUUUGGGAUCUCUUUGGACAUAUUUGCCGGCAGUGCCCUAGUAGAUGUUUAUUCCAAGUGUUCUUUUGUUAAAGAUGCCAGACUUAUUUUUGAGGAGAUGAAUGAUAAAGAUAUUGUCGUAUGGAAUGCUAUGCUUUUUGGGUAUACCCAACAAAUGCAAAAUGAGGAGGCCCUCAAACUCUACUUAGAGUUACAGAUUUCUAGACAGACACCAAAUGAAUUCACUUUUGUUGCCCUCAUUGCAGCAGCUAGUAACCUAGCAAGUCUUCCACAUGGUCAACAGUUCCAUAAUCAGCUCAUAAAGACAGGUCUAGACUUUGACCCAUUUGUCUCGAAUGCACUGGUGGACAUGUAUGCUAAAUGUGGAAAUAUUGGAGAGGCACAAAAAAUGUUUAGUUCCACGAUUUGGAGGGAUGUUGUGUGUUGGAAUUCAAUGAUCUCAACAUAUGCACAACAUGGAGAAGCUGAAGAAGCUCUUAAGAUGUUUGAAGGAAUGAUAAAAGAAGGUAUAAAACCCAACAAUGUCACAUUUGUUGCUGUGCUCUCAGCAUGUAGCCAUGUGGGGUUUGUAGAAGAUGGACUCCGUUACUUUAACUUAAUGCAUGGGUUUGGAAUUGAACCAGGGACAGAACAUUAUGCUUGCAUGGUUUCUCUCUUUGGGCGAGCUGGUAAACUGCUCGAGGCAAAGGAGUUUAUUGAGAAAAUGCCAAUACAACCAGCAGCAAUAGUGUGGAGGAGUUUGCUUAGUGCAUGUAGAAUUGCUGGCAAUGUUGAACUGGGUAAAUACGCAGCUGAGAAGGCUAUUGCAGUUGAUCCAAAGGAUAGUGGAUCAUAUAUAUUGCUUUCAAAUAUUUUUGCAUCUAAGAAUAUGUGGAUUGAUGUUAAGAAGGUGAGGGAGAGAAUGGACUGUAAUGGGGUGGUGAAAGAAGCUGGCUGUAGUUGGAUUGAAUUAAAUAAUGAGGCUCAUGUGUUUAUUGCAAGAGACAGAACUCAUAAAGAUACAGGUUUGAUUUUUUCAAAUUUGGACAAUUUGAUUCAGCAUAUCAAAGCAGUUGGUUAUGUGCCUGACACUACCGCACUUCUGAUGAGUGAGUAAAAAAAAAAAGCAGUGGCAAAAUUUCAAUUGAAAGCCAUGUGGAGCCCUUGAUUAAUCAUUUAAAGAAUCUGAAUCUCACAGCUUAUCUCAGUGAUCUUGGACUUUAAGAUUUACAUGCAGAGGGCAUUCAAGUUUUAGAAAAGGGGUGUUAUGUUAGCAACUGCUCGUAGACUGACUUUGGUUGUGAAGCAGCUAGCUAUCCAAACUGACGACGGAAAUCCUCUUUGUCUCAAGUUUGAGAAAUUGUUGCCAGUAUGGGUAGAGCUGGUACUGGAGACUCUCUGCAAAAUGAAUGCACGAAAAUGACAGUGAAGUAUGUAGCGAUAGAUAGCUCAAAAAUUCGAGCUGCCAAGCUUGAGAAUGCUGAGUUAAGAGUUUGAAGACAAUCACAAUAGUGUAAAAGGUUAGAUGUGUACCCAAUACAUGUCUCCAAACUCCCUCUUUUAAUGGGGACUUGGGGACUAACAUUUUUUUGGCAUUCUUUGUUUUCGGAAACAAGUUCCCCUAAAAUUUUGGAGAGUUCCAGCAUACAUUCUCUUCUAGACUGGGCUGGUGUGCUUUGAUCGGCUUUUAUAGGUAAACUUCAUGUCACUCACCGGUGGUUUCUGUCUACGGUGGUAAUGUAAUCUAAUGCAGUCUCUUGUAUAUAACUAGCUUGUUAUGCAAAAAAAAUAAAAAUAAAAAAUCUCUUUCUCAAUUCAUCUUCUUUACGAUUGUAGUUACUGUUUUUUGUCCUUUCACCACAAAUUUAGUCCAUGAGAAUGAACUUUCAUUUGGUUUCAAUGACCAGUUGUGAUUAAUGGUGUAAUGUUGACAGGUUUUCGCUACUUAAAAUAUCGGGUAAUAUAGCGUUUCCCCCCUCUUC